AUGUCGACAAUGAUGGAAAUGGCUCUAUUACAAAAAAUUCAAGAGCAAGAAAUGAUGCCUUCACCAGCAUCAUCAGCUAUUCCUACUGCUGGGUGUUCGCAAAGUGCUGCAUCCUUUGCACAAGAACGGAUAUGGCUCGAUGAAAAGAUCCAUCACGACCCAUCAAUAUCACCCGCCAUGCAUAAUUUUGUUCUACCUUUAGUGAUUAAAUAUGGUUCAAUGUCAAUUGAGCGCAUUCAUUUGGCCAUUGUUGCUGUUCUUGAACAGCAUGAAAUACUUCGAACUGCAAUUUACUUCGAUAAAAAUCGUAACAUGUUGGUCCAAGCGGUGCAGCCUGUGGUCAACAAUGUUGCUUAUUCCUUUGAAAUCACAGCAAAAGAUAUACAAAGUCUCGAUGAAGUUGCUGAUCUACUUAGGAAUGAAUCGGUCAAGCAUUUUGCUGAGUUAGAACAGGGUUUAGUUGUUCGUUGUCAUCUAGUUAAGGUGGGCUCUGACGAUGACACGACCAAAUUAUAUCCUCAAGAUUUGAUUAUUUUCAUAUUUCAUGGUGUAGCAUUCGAUUAUAAUUCUAUUAGCCCAUUCCUUAUUGCCUUUACAAAAGCAUAUGAUCAGAUGGAAUUGGAAGUUGAAAGCGAAAUGAAAUCGAUAGUCAAGACAAAUGAUGCAAAAUUAAGUUUAUAUACUGAACAACCUUGGCUACAUGACAAUGGUAUUGCUUCUCAUGAUAUGAAUUUAAAAAUGGUUCAUAAUCAGUCCAGCCAAACGACUUAUUGUAUUUUGGAAUGUAGCGCUGAUUGUUAUGAUGAAGUCACGGUGUCCAACAUUGGUCGAUAUUUUCAAAAUCUACUUUUACAUAUCUUCACUGAAAAUACAAAAACCAUUGGAUUCGACCCAGUUUUUGAAAAAAUUGGCAAUCUUUCUCUUUUACCAAUGAACGUUGAAACUUUGUCAAGCGUUAUCGAGUCACUACGACAUUUCUCCGAAAUAAACCCACAAUGGCUUCUACAUGAACUUAUUAAACAUGUUCAAGAGAUAUUAACAAACAGUCGCAAAUACUCUUAUUUCCCUCUUCAACGUGUUCUAGAUCGACAUCCACAUGCUUCGAAACCUGCAUUUCUUGAUACAUCAUUCGAGUUUAUGCAAUAUUCACGGCAAGAUCUCAGCGGAGACGUGAUUGUAGGUGACAGUCAUCUCUCUUUGAUUCCUAUUCAUAUCAAGAUUAGUGACGAUGAUAUCAUGAACAAGUUUGACUUCAUUCUUAGUAUUCAACAUGAUUUCGAUAUGAAUCAACUCUCUUGUACAAUCAAUGCAUCACUUGACUUGUUCAAUGUAGAAACCAUUCACAAGAUUGGACAACGAUUUCAUUCAAUGUGCAGACAAUUGUUAGCAUCUAUUCAUAAUCAAACAACUCAAUCCAUCUAUGAAUUAUCAUUCAUCAUGCCAGACGAAAGGUUACUCAUGCAAUCAAUGAAUAAUACACAAGCCUCAUUUCCUUCGAUCACUUGUAUUCAUCAUGAGUUUGUUAAUCAAGCAAUCAAACAUCCACAAAAACUAGCUGUUGAACUAGAUGAACAAUCAUUGACAUAUUGUGAACUUCUAUGUUAUGUUCAGAUACUAUCCUUAACUCUUGUCAAUGAAUAUCAUGUUACUCCAGGUGAAAUAGUUUGUCAAUGUGUUGAGAGAAGUUUGUCAAUGGUGAUUGGUAUUAUGGCAAUUGAGGUGGUUGGUGGUGUUUAUUGUCCAUUGUCACCUCGAGAUCCGCAACAUCGUUUGUAUGCACUUAUACAACAAACACGAAGUCGUCUUGUUCUUGUUCAUUGGUUAACAAAAAUGAAAUUUAAUAAUGAUAUUCUUUUGAUUGACAUUCGACCAAUGUUGUUGAAUAAUGAGGCAAAGAGUGAUGUUAAUGUUGAUUGGCUAUCAAGUAUUACAGUCACACCUAAUAAUAUUGCUUAUAUUAUUUUCACAAGUGGUUCAACUGGAAUACCAAAAGCGAUCGCACGAUGUUCAUUUGAUAUUCAUGUUCAAGAAAUAUUUGGAGCUUUAAUGCAGGGAGCUACAUUGGUUAUGCUUCAUCCAAGGGGAACAAUCGAUUUUGACUAUCUCUCCAAUAUCGUGCAAAUGAAACAAAUUACAUAUAUACUCAUGGUUCCAAGUCUACUUCGAAGCUUUUUCACACUUGCCGCACAGUCUGACAAGACGGCUGUUUCAAAAUAUUUUCGAUCACUAUGUACUGGCGGCGAAUCAGUCUCUGUGCAGUUAAGCACUCUAAUCGCAAAUAACAGUGUGUCAGAGUAUAAUGUAUGGAAUUACUACGGUCCUGCGGAGAUAACAAUCUCUUGUACACUUCAUCUUAUUGAUAUUAAAGCUAAUCCUAAAAGCAUUCCAAUUGGUAGAUCACUUCCUAACUAUCGAUGUAUAAUUUUAAGUGAAUUUUUACAACUUGCAUCUGUUAAUCAAGAAGGAGAACUAUUUGUUGGAGGCGUUGGUUUGUUUGCGGGCUAUCUUCGUCGUGAUGAUUUAACUGCAAAAGCCCUUAUUGAAAUAGAUGAGCAACUAUUUUAUCGAACAGGUGAUCUUGUUACAAUCGAUAACAAUAGUCUUUUCUAUCAUCGAGGAAGAAAAGAUCAUCAAAUCAAAUUACGUGGACAACGCAUUGAACUUAGUGAGAUUGAACGAUGUCUACUUAAAAUUACAUUCAUAUCUGCUUGUGUUGUUAUGAAGUGGAAUGAUGAUUAUUUAGUGGCUUAUGUUCAAAGUUCUGAUAUACAUGAAGAACAGCUACGUCAACAUUGCCAAUCUCAUCUGCCACCACAUAUGAUUCCAUCUUUCUUUAUUAUUCUUGAUAAGCUACCAUUGAAUCAAAAUGGUAAAAUAGAUCGAAAGCUACUUCCAUCACCUCACUCUUCAUCGUCAAGUAUGCUAUCGCUCAGCGAACUUGAGACACCAGUCAAUCAAGUCGAAAAAAGUGUGUAUGAUAUUUGGUGCCAAGUGCUGGAGCACAAUGGACGACAUAUAUCAACAACUACAAACUUCUUAACUAUCGGAGGUCAUUCUCGUUUGUUUAUUGAACUUUAUCAUCGUUAUCAAACUAUCUUUGGUUUUAAUAGCCGUACAUUAUCUAUUAAUCCGUUUCUUGAACAACCAACUAUUCAACAGCAUGCAAAGUUAUUAAAGGCAGUCACAAUCGAUGAUAUUCGAAGAGAACAAUGGUAUACUCUGCACAUUAAUCAAAGUAUGGCAUCAUUUGCUCAAGAACGUAUCUUUUUGGAUGAACAAAUUCGAUUCUCUUAUAAACAUAUUUUUUAUAAUAAUUUUGUUGCACUACGAGUUACUGAAGGUGUCCUAUCAAUAAAGCGAGUACUACAAGCUCUCCAAUUGGUUUUGAAGAAACAUGAAAUAUUGCGUACUUCACUCGUGUUUAAUAAUAAUGAUAGUACACUACAGCAAUAUGUCACUGACAAUCACAAGACAUUUACAUUUCUUCAUCAGCAAAAUUUUGAGAGUGACAAUGAACUUCAAAAUAUUAUUUAUCGAACGGUUAUUAAUCCUGAUCUUUUUGAUUUGUCCAGUGGUCGAGUUUUUAAUUGUCAGAUGUUUCAACAGCAGAAGACUACGCAUGAGACUGCUCACACAGACUUUCUUGAAAAGUCUGGUGUUCUUGUAUUAUAUUUCCAUCAUGUAGCAGUUGAUGGAACUUCUAUAGCAAUCCUGUUGAGUGAUUUCUAUAAUGCUUAUAGUAAUAACAUGACAGUUUCACUUGAUGAACAAUCAGUGCAAUAUAUUGAUUAUUCUGUUCAUGAACGGAUUAUGGAUAUGACAUUAUCUCGUAGCUUCUGGUAUUCUCAACUAGAAAGAUUUAAUCUCAAACGUGCAUUAAAGCUACCAGUUGAUAGACACCGUUCGUCAGCUGUUCAACGAUCUAACUUGGCGUCGGUAGCUCAGGUCUCUUUUGAUAAGGAGCUGUCGAUGAUGUUUCUCAAUUAUGCUUCCUUACAUCAAAUUACGCCUUUUCAACUUAGUUUGACAAUAUUUUAUCUGUUUCUCUUUAAAUUGACUCACGAAGAAACUGAUUUAUGCAUUGCAUCUCUUGAUGCUAAUCGACAUCGAAGUGAAUUAGAAAAUAUGAUCGGUAUGUUUGUUUCAACGUUACCAUAUUGUGUACAACUCAAUUCGCAUUUGUCAUUUGAUGAACUUGUAAAACAUGUUCGAGAAAAAUGCUUGUCAAUUCUUGAGCAUUCCCAUUAUCCACUUCAACAUAUACUUACUGAUUUUCGACUUAAUCAAUUGGAUGUUCCAUUUCUUGAGAUCGUAUUUAAUUUUUUGCCGGUGUCUACAAAUAUUAAUCGGUAUUCUAUAGGUAAUGUACGCUUAGAACAAAUUCCAAUCAAACAAACAGAUGAAAUUUCUCAGUUUGACUUCUCAACAAUGUUCCUAUACAAUCCGGCAUCAGAUGAUCAUAAACUUUCCUGUCGAUUCUCCUGUGCGCAUGAUUUAUUUGACAACACUACUGUUAAAACAAUAGCGCAACGAUUUCAGCAUCUUCUGUCACAAUUAUUUCUGACAAACUCGAAUGACAUGGAAAAAGACCUAUCUACUAAGUCUAUCAAAAGUUUGUCUUUGAUAUUGCCUGAAGAAGCGAACGAAAUAUAUGCAUUAACAUUAAGUCGCGUGACAGACGUUGUUACAGAAGGUAUGACUAUUUCUUUUUCGUAUGAAAAGAUUCUUUAGUUAUAGAAGAACAUCAUAUAAGAAAAGCGAAGAACAAAAAGAUAUGGGUAACGACGAAUACUUGACAACGAUAGCCACAUACACAUAUUAAAAACAUCCUCAAUAGAAAAAGAUGAGGGUGAAUGGGUGUGAGUUUGGGUGAGGGAUUGAGUGAGAGUAUAUGAUUAAUACAAUAGGCACACCCACACUUACGCCCUUUGUAGAGUACGAUAAUAGAAUACUUUAUGACAUAACUAGGACACCUUGGUGAAUUUUCAUUUUUGUCACGAUCGCUAAGAUUUUUUCCGAAUGUGUUCUUCACUUAGUACGAUUAUUGCGUUAAUUGACAACAAGUUGUAUCCUACAUGGACGACAGCAACGUUAGAUUUGUAGCACAACAAUAGUAAUAGUGUAAAAGAGAAUGAUAUACUGUUUGUAGAGAGGUGUUUUUCAUUCAUCACUCGUUUCCAGGUUCUGUAGUUUUCUUCCAAUGUUAAUCCCAUCUUUAGCAUUUAGGGGAUCUGGUAAAAUUCCGUCAAUGUUACAUUCCCUUUCUACUAGAAUAUGGCCUUGAAGAUAAAGACGAAGUCACU